AUGCUCAACGGACUUUACGGAUAUUUCUUUGGAGGAGAAAGCGCUCAGGGAACGGAACAACAUUACGAUCGCGACAACAACAAUCGCGAAAACGAGGCUCCAAAUGGGAAAGAUUUUGCGGAAGACGAGGAUUGGCAACUCGUUCCAUCAAUUGAAAACGUCUCCGGUCGAUCAUCACCAGUGAUCGUGCCUCAGCCAGAGCUUCGAGACAUCGACACUCUGUCUUUGCAAAGCAACAAAACCGCAACUUCAACAAAAGUGCUUCGUCGUGCCGAAGAUAUGCGACAGGCGCGCGCUCAGGCAAUUCAGAAGCUUGCACUCGAGACAGCGCUUUUCGCCAAUGCGGCCGCCUCGUUGCAAUCGAAUGGAAAGACUAAGACAAGUGCUGGGGCAAAUGGUGCUCAAAUGACAACAUCGUGCCUCAAGCGUGCCUCCGCCGCUGCUCAAAGCGAUUCCAAGGGGAAGCAACGCAGCAAGAAAGCCGGGAAAUUGAACUCCGGUCGGAACAAUGACCGGAAAUGCAACAAUCUCAAC